AGAGAAUUCUAGAACCAGAGAGAUGCAGGAACAGGAAACUGACCACAGAUCUAUUGUGUUUCCGGCUUAAGAAUGCGGAGGUUGGCAACACUGCUUUAGAUAUAGAACAGAAGUGGAAGUUCUUGAGAAGAAAAAGACGACACAUCCAUUGCGGUUUUGAUGCGGAUUAUAAUUUCUUACAUGUCGAAUUGUUUGCAAUGGCGACGAUAAAGAAUCUGUCCAAUGAGGUAAUCUACAUCAUCUUACAACAAGAAGAUAUUAGCUUCAAGGAUGUUUUGAACUUCGGUUUAACAUGCCGACAAUUUCUCAACGUAAUUCACAACAACACGCUAUGGCAAAUAAAACUUUAUAAAAGAUGGCCUAACAUGAAAAGAAUUUAUGACAAACUGAAGAUACAAAAAAAAUGCAUAAAUUUUAAAGAUGAUGUAAAAGCAAGCAUAACAUGUAGAAAUAAAUUACGGAGUCACUUGUCGCUAAUGUCCGAGAGAUUCUUUCAAAAGGACAAUUUUUCCGAAAGUGACUUGGAAUAUUUCGAUGCACUAUUCUGUCCAAAUAUGGGCGCUCACAGUAUGAAUUACUAUUUUCUUAAGGAUGAAAUGAUGCAUCUGAUUACAAUGUCGCCACUAUUACCUGAUUGUAAUUUAACACAUAAAUAUUACAGCAAAAUACUUCUUCAAUAUUUACAACAGCGUCAUACAAAGGAUGUAUGGCAGGAAUUUAUAAGUUAUCCCAAAGAACAGCAACUUCUAGAAAAGGCAGCUACUAUUGUAGCACAAUGGUAUCAACCUCAAAAACAUAUCUUUUAUUUUGAUAUAGAAGCAUCGCUAGAUAAUAUUGCACAAUUGGUAUUAAAGCGUCUUAAAAAGGUAUAUUGUGACCAUCCGAUAUUCUCAACGUCCGCAAAGCAAUUUUCUUUUUGGAAAAAUAACAACGUUAACGACAAUCAAUGGAGCAAAGAGGAAGAAAAACAGAUAAUAAAUAUGCUUCAAACAGUUUUAUUUGAUGAAUUAGGUUUCUCUGGAGCUUUAGCUUCAGACCUUUUAUAUAAACUGGAGGACAUUCUUAUAGAUUGCGUUUUAGAAAACAAAGUUGGUGAUGCAGUAUCUCUGGCAAUAAUAUUCCAGAGUAUAGCAAGGAGACUUGGCGUACGCUGUGAUCUAGUAGCAUUUCCUACUCACUUCUUUUUAAGUUGGAAACCAAAAUCUAUUACAGAAAAAUCUGAAGAUGAAGAAUAUUUCUAUAUUGACAUCUUGCAUGGUGGAGCUAUUGUGGGUAGAAACGAUUGUCCCAAAACUCGUGGUAGAAGAUGUCCCAUCAAAAAUUUUAAUAAACACAAUGAGAUUAGUCCUACAGAGGUCGUGUUACGGAUGAUUUAUCAUUUACAAAUGGUUAAUCCUAACUACCAACAUUAUCAAGAUAGAACUCUGCAAAAACGCUCAUUGAUGGAAUUCCGCUAUAUGAUAAACCCAUACGAUAUAGACGAGAUUCGAGCACUAGGUCAUUUUUAUAUGCAAAAUAAAAUGAAUUUAUCAGGUCUCCUAAUCUCACUACAAAAGAUACUGGAAAGUAACAGAACAUCUCUGGAAGUAAUUCAAGCUAAAAGACUGCUAAUUAAAUUUAAACGUUAUAUGCGGAAAAAAUAUCCACUUGAAAAUAGAUUGCAAGUAGACUUAAAGACAGGACAUAAUAUAAAGUAUGCAAUUGGAAUGAUAGUGACUUCCAAUCUAUCAAUCACGUAUGCUCUUCCAGGCGUGAUUAUUGGUUGGUUUGGAAUAGUCGAAACGACUUGUCGUGUACCUAUGUAUAUACAUGAUCUGAUUGAAGGAUUUAACCUUAAUCCUUCACAAACAUUUUACCUUGUCCUCUGUGAACGUGGAAGUAUAUAUUAUCCCGAAGACUUUUUAAAGACAUGUCCACCAAGAUUGAUUGAGCACAACGAGAUUGGCCGAUAUUUUUGUAGAUUUACAGGGUCCCAUUAUGUAUCUAACGAAAUGUUAAAAAGACAGUAUAUGUAUAAUGGCAGUAUAUACGUGUAUAAUCACUAUUGAACUUGUUGUUCUCAGCAAGCUUUAUUAGGUUCAUUAUCUACACCUUUAGUCUCUUUUUCCUAAAAUAUUGUUGUGAUUAAAAAUUGUAAAACACGCUA